AUGAGCCGCCUGGCGCCGGGCCGGGCUCUCACCGAGCAGCGCUUCCAGCAGCUCUACGGGGCGCCCGAGCCCCGGGGCCGCCCGGCGGGGACGCUGCGCCGGCGGGUGGCCCGGGGCUGCCGCUGCUCCGGGGCGGCCGCCCUGCGGCUCCUGCGGCGCCGGCUGCCCAUCGCCGCCUGGCUGCCCGGCUACCGGGUGGGGCCCUGGCUGCUGGGGGACGCGCUGGCCGGGCUCACCGUGGGGAUCGUGCACAUCCCACAGGGCAUGGCCUUCGCCCUCCUGGCCUCCGUGGCCCCCGUCUACGGGCUCUACACCUCCUUCUUCCCUGUCAUCCUUUACAUGCUCUUUGGCACCGGGCGCCACGUCUCUACUGGCACCUUUGCCGUGGUGAGUCUGAUGACGGGCUCCGUGGUGGAGCAGCUGGUGCCCUGGCCCCUGGAGCCCAACGCGACCAGCGCGGCGCUGGCCCAGGUGGAGGAGCGGCGCAUUGGCGUGGCAGCCGCCAUGGCCUUCCUCGUGGGGCUCCUCAUGACCAAGGACUGGUGGACGUACGAGUUCUGCUACGGGAAACACAUCCAGCAGUACCAUGUCGAAGAGUCGGAGAUUAAAGGAGACAUCUUGUACCUCGGGUAUUAUCAGUCGGCGUUCGACUGGGACAACGAGACAGCAAAGGCUUCGAAACAACACAGGCUCAAACGCUACCACAGCCAGACAUAUGGCAACGGUUCCAAGUGCGACCUGAGCGGGCAGCCCAGGGAAGCUGAAGUCAGGUUCCUGUGCGAAGAGGGCUCUGGGGAUUACAUUGCCCGGGUGGACGAGCCGCAGUCCUGCUCCUACGUCCUGACCAUCCACACCACCCGCAUCUGCCACCACCCCUUCCUGCGACCGCCCUCCACGGCCACCCCCCAGGCCAUCCGCUGCCACCCGGCCCUGAGCCCGGCCCAGUACGUGGACUACGUCCAAGCCCAAGUGUUCGACACCAAGCGCAAGGUGGAAGAGAUCUCCGAGGAGCUGAAGACCCUGGACACGAGGCUGUGGAACGAGCGAGAUCCCAACCCUGCCACCCAGCGCCCGGAAGGUGUGGAUCCAGCCCACCCCCUCCACGAGGAGCAGGAAGCGGACGCCGCUCCCAGGGAAACCCCCAGACCUGGCCCAGGGGACGACACCGACUUCGGGGAUAGAGCACUCGGAGCGGGCGGGCUGCCGGACCGCACCAAGGAGGACGAGGCGGUUGUGAAGCCGGCAGAUGAUCACCUGGCUGAUUUCCAGCAAAAAAUCCACUUCAAAGUGAUCCGGAGCCCGGGGGAUUUAGUCCAGUUUAUCGAGGCACUGAAGGAAAACACCAAGAAGGGGAAAGAAAAGGCGAGCGAGUCGGAGAAGAGCCAGGAGGCCCCGAGGCCCGAGGAGGCUCCGGUCGCCGGGAGCGAGCGCCCGGAGGAGGAGGACGAUGAGGACGACGCCGCCCUGCUGGGGAAGUUUGAGGAGGAGCUGGAGGACAUCCUGCUCCCCAGCUCGGAGCGGGCCAGGCUGAAGGAGGAGGUGAAAACGGAAAUGGAGAAGCAGUUCGACAACAUCAUUGACGAGGUGGAGGAUGAGCUGGAGACAGAGGGCCUGAAGGGCGAAUUUGAUCGGAACCACGCCUCCAAGUCGCUGGCCUCCACCCUCAACAAGCUGAUGGACAAGCUGGAUGACGGCAAAGCGGCCGAGAAAGGGGAGGAGGAGGAGGAAGAGGAGGACGAGGGAGACUCAGCCAGGAGCAGCGCGAACCACUUGGAUAAGCAAGCAGCUGAGGCCGACUCGGACGGGCGGGUGAAGGUCAGGGUCACUAGGAUAAAGCCAGGCAGCCCCCUGCAGAAGGAACUGAGGGUGAGAGAGAUGGGCAGCGAGAACCCGCAGCUGCGACACAUUGAGAAUGUGGUUAAGGACCUGCUGGAGAGAGAGGGCCUGAAAGCGGAAGGUAAAAUCGAGAUCAAAAUCGUGACGACAGGGGGCUUCGGGGAUGAGGACGAUACCCACUGGCUGUCAGAUGAGGACACCAAGAACCUCAAAGACAUUUUCUUCAAUAUCCUGGUGAAAAUCCAGGGCACGGAGGAAGCUCACAAGGAGCGGAGGCGGCAGCAGGAGCUGGAGGACAACUACCGCUUUGUGUGGGGGCGGCGGCAGGAGGAGGCGCCAGCGACCGGCGGCACCGACUCAGAGGAGUUGGAUUUCUGAGCAGGCGCCGGACGACUGCCUGCAACACCCCCUCCCCCUGUCCCCCGUAUGUCCCAUUGACUCAACUAGUCGGGUGACCAGACAUCAAGGGGGGAAAAACCAGGACGGGGGGUGAGGGGUAAUAGACACCUCUAUAAGGCAAAGCCCCAAAUAUUGGCACUGGCCCUAUAAAAUCAGGACAACUGGUCACCCUAUUGACUAGUAACCCAGGCGCCGUGGCUUCUCUCCAGGGGAUGCCCAGCGGGGCCUGGCCCCUACCAGCACUUGGGGGCCGAGGGCACCUAUCGCUCUUGUCCCCCCAGCCGCCCAGGGGGCUCUGUGUGGGAUGUCUCCUGCUAGGAGGAUGGAGAGGGACUGGCUGAUUUCCAUGGUAACUGACGGCGGGAGCAUCCUCUUUGGUCCCUUCGAGGAAGGGUGGGCGUGGGCUGAACCUGUGCCCGUGUGACCCGUCUAGCACACGCUAGCGGGUUCCAUGCACCAACCCGCCUCCCCAUGAGACUAAUGGUGUCUCCCUACCCGUGGGGGCUCUGCCGGCUGGCCACUCCCUCAGGAGCAGGGGCUGCGGGGCCUCCCCAUUUCAUAGAGUUGGGCUCCCUGGGGGAGCUGUGCCCAGCGGAGAGACCAGGUGGCAGAGGC